GGACCUUUUAGGAUUCUUCUGGGACUCCAUUAAAUAGUUUUUUUAUAGACGUUUCUGCUUCACUCACUUCCCAUACUAAAAACAAAGAAAGCAAACAUUUUUGCAAAUCUUCUAGUCGAUUCUAACAGCAAGAUGAAUACUACUGAGCCGUUUUCAAAAGUCGAUUGAAUGAGUUUCAGGGAGAAGAUGAUCUGCAGCAUCCUGCUGCUCAUCAUCCUGACCUCCUGUGUCUCUGGAACAUUAGUAGUGAAUGUGACCCAGACCUCCUAUCAGGCAGAGGAGAACCACCACAUCACACUGGAGUGGACCUUCACAACCAACCCUCACACUUCCUCCAACUCUCUGAAUAUCUUCUGUGAACUGUUCACUGAUCUCAGACCCUCAGUCCUGUUUCAUCUCCAUGAAGGAGUUGAGGUCCCAGAGUCUCAGGAUGAACAGUUUGCAGGACGAGUCCAGUGGGACAAAGACGUCCUCAGAGAAGGACGACUCAGACUUCAUGUGUCCAGACUCAGGACUAAUGAUUCAGGACUGUACCUGUGUGAUGUGCUCACAAGUUAUGGGAUUAACUCUGGUAAAUGUUGGCUCAACGUCACUGCAGCGAGGGAUCGGCCUGAACCUGAGACACCAAACACAACAAGUCCACCACAACCAGAGAGUCGGGGAAGGAUCGGUCUCUACUGUGGACUGACAGCAGCUCUGCUGGGUUUUUUUUCUGUUUUUUCAGACUCUUUCUGUCUAGAAAUCAAGAUUCCUACUCAGAGAAAAGUUACAGUUCAGCAGACAAGGAGAGUUAACUUCUCCUCUGGCAUCAUCUCCUCCAUCUUCAUCUCCUCCAUCAGCAUCUAG